AGGCUCCCAACGCGCGGGAGCGAGCGAACUCGCCUAUAACCCAACCAUCAGCCUCUCUGUGCUUCAUCAAUCUUUGCAGUUUCGGCUCCAGACCUGCUUGGGAUUCGGUCCAUACGGACAGUGGCGGAAAGACCAAGCGCACGCGGGUGCCUGCCGUACUUUAGUGUUGUUGACCUUUCUCAGACGAAUGCUCCUUCCCUGGAACUAACUGCGACUCCGUUAAAAUCAACCACUAGGGAAGGAACGGGCUGCUGCCGGUGAGACCACCUGGCACCGCUGAAGGCAAUUCACGUGGGAAUUGAGGCGUCUUGUUUCACUUCCAAACUAUCGACCGGCCAAGAAUCGGACAAGCAUCCAGAGAAACCAACCCGGUAACUGCACGCCGUCAUCGAAUUGCUGGAAACGUUCGUAUGAGCCCCGAGGAGCAAUAAAGACUACAUUGUCCUCAACACACAACAGGACCCCCAGUACCAGCCAAGGCUAAAUUGCGACCCGGCGCGAUCGCCACCUCGAGGUGGUGUAUGGCAAUAUAGUGCCGACCACAGUUCAAGAUCGUGAAAGAAGGACCUCCCAGCACCGACGCAGCCAACGUUCUCGUGAUGGCGUAUCCCUACGACGCUGAUGCUGCCAGCGGCCUUGUCCGGCCACCACUGCGCCAAGUCCUGGCAGGUCUGCAUUACGCGUACCCGACCGUCGUCUUCGUCUACUACAUGGCCACCUCCACCGUAGCCGUAUGUACCUUGCAGACUAGGUCGUCAGAUCCGGCUCACCCCCGUCGACGUCCCAUCACUUGGCUGCUCGUCUCGGUCAUAGCCACAUACUUUGCCCAACUGCUCGCCCUGGGAAUACAAGGAGCUGUCCGGCAUGUCUUCCCAUUCGCCGAUCAGGAUAUUAUCAUUGGUCUCAUGUCGUGCGCCCUGGUCUUUGGUGUCGUCGUUGCCGGGCUCUCAGACGCCGCUAACCCUGUCUGGUACCCGUACAUCGGCUCGUUCGCGAUAGCACUGGUGCUGGAGCCGGUCCUGGCAAUAUUGUCUCUGAUGGUCCGGCCCGCAGGGUCACUCCGGUUCAUUGACUUCUUCGAUAUCUCGGCUGUAGCCGUGCGGUACUUUGCAGUUCUCCUCGCCGUGGUACUCUAUUUUGCAGGGAGCUGGGAUCAUAGGAAAGAGAAGGGCACCGAUUCCGAACGCCAGAGCCUGCUCAAGUCAAACGGCCAUGCCAGUCAUGACUCCGACUCAGAUGGCCAGAGCGAUGGGACGCGCCAGAACGGAUAUGGAUCCAACUCGGAUUCCUCGGCCGACGGCAACCUGUCCUCUGACACGGACGAGGACGACAAUCCUUAUGAACGACGCCAGCGGCAAGCGAGCGAGCAGAUGGAGAAGAGGCUUAAGGAGAAGGGAAACUGGGUGACAUAUGCGAAAAGUUUCAUGAUCUUCUUUCCCUACAUCUGGCCGGUCAACCGCCGAUCACUCCAAGUCCGUGUUUUCUUAGUGGGAUUGUGCUUGCUAGCCAUGAAUUUCAUAAAUCUCCUGAUCCCGCGCCAGCUCGGUAUCAUCAUGGAUGCCCUCGCGGGCACGAAUGGAAGAAACCCCUGGAACGAGGUCCUCCUGUUUGCCGGCCUCAAGUUGGUGGCUUCGGAGGCUGGUCUCACGCUCUUGCGCCAAUGGCUCUGGAUCCCUGUCGAGUAUUACUCCUUCGACGCUAUCAGCACGGCGGCAUACUCUCAUGUUCUCAACCUGUCGUCUGACUUCCACGAUUCCAAGAGCUCCUCCGACAUUAUGAUGGCGAUAUCAUGCGGUCAAAGUAUCUCCAACAUCCUCGAGUCGAUAUGCUUCAGGGCCGUCCCGAUGCUCAUCGACAUGGUGGUUGCUUUUGUGUAUCUCUCGGCGACCUUCGGUCCAUACGAAGGGUUCAUCACUAUUGCGACCGCGACGACUUUCAUGUACAUUGCCACCCGAAUGAUUUCGGCACUCAAAACGGCCCGCAGAAACGAGGUCGGUGCUUGGUACAAGGAGCACUACGUGCGCCAGGCUGGGAUCCAGGGUUGGUCAACCGUCGCCAGCUUCAACCAGAUCGGCCACGAGGAGGAUCGGUAUUCGGUCGCGGUCAAGGACCGUGUGAAUAAGACGCAAAAGGUUUAUUUUGGCUACGUUCUGGCUUAUGCGUUGCAGUUUCUGGUGCUUCUUUCCGGACUGCUGGCUGGCGCCUUUCUGGCCGUGUACCAGGUCACCCACGACGAAGCGACCCCGGGUGAUUUUAUUAUGCUGCUGACAUACUGGGCCCAACUGGUGGCUCCCCUCACUUUCUUCGCCGGUCUCGGCAAAAACAUCUCGAGAGAUCUCCUCCAGGCGGAGCAACUCCUCGAAAUUCUGCAGACCAAACCAACCGUGCUCAGCAAGGAGGGAGCGCCGCCGCUGCACUUCAAUAGUGGAGAGGUGCGCUUCGACCAUGUCUAUUUCUCGUACGACAACAAGAAGGAGAUCUUGAAGGACAUCAACUUCACCGCAACGCCCGGCAUGACGGUCGCCUUUGUUGGUGCCACGGGCGCCGGCAAGUCGACCAUACUCAAGCUUCUGGAUAGGUUUUACGACGUCAGCAAAGGGUCAAUCAAAAUUGACGGGCAGGAUAUCCGGGAUGUUGACCUCUACAGUCUUCGGGCGCAGAUUGGAGUGGUGCCACAAGCCCCUAUUCUUUUCGAUGACACGAUCAUGAACAAUGUGCGCUACGCAAAGCUCACCGCAACGGACGAGGAGGUGUACGAGGCUUGCAAAGCCGCAAGCAUCCACGAGCAGAUCCUAACCUUUUCUGACGGUAAGAUCUGUUCCCCCCACCUUGUUGGGUGACCUGAACUGAUAAACAAAAGGCUACCAAACCAAGGUUGGCGAGCGCGGUGUCAAACUAUCCGGCGGCGAGCUGCAACGGGUGGCGAUAGCUCGGGCUAUCUUGAAGAGGCCGUCGAUCGUUUUGCUCGAUGAGGCAACGAGCGCAGUC